UUUCUUUCAGAGUGUCCGCCAAGGUUUUGGCAGAGGCGGAAAUAACAAGAACAAUAACAACGCAAACAAGAUGAACAACGGAAGCCCUGGCCAGUCGCCUGCCCCUCAGAGCCCUCACGGCCACGUCCCCAAUGCGCAGUCCUUCGCGUCAAACCACUCCGCUAUUGAGACCACCGCCGUCUAUGACCCCGACGCUCCUAAGUAUUUCUUUCAGGAGAAGUACGCUCCGCUCAAUGUCAAGGGUAACUUUUUGACCUUAUGCGCUUGCCCAAAAAAUGUGGAAUUGGGAGAAUGGCUGGCCCAUCAGAUUGUCGAACAAAAUCGUCUACUACAAGCUAUGCUUAAGGUCAUCCAAGAAGUGAAUAGUCAUACCGGCCUCCCUAUUUGCAACGAGACCAGCUGCCCCACCAUGUCCGCGGGUCGUCUGACCUACACUUGGCUUGUGGACUCGCAGGCCGCCAAGAUUUCAGCCCCUAAAUUUAUCAAUCGCGUUGAGAAAUGGAUUGUCAGCAAGAUCCAUGAUCCCGUGAUGUUCCCUACGGAGAAAGUCACUGGUGUUCCCGAUACUUUUGCUCUGAGUGAAGCUACGGGUGCUUCCGCCGCGGAUGCCGCCGCCAAUGCUGGUGGUGAAGACUGGAUCGGCAAGUCGAGUGGCUUCCCGCGUACUUUCUACAAAGACUGCCAAGGCAUCAUGAAGCAAAUGUUUCGCUGCUAUGCGCAUCUGUACCAUGCUCACUGGUUGAACCCGUUCUGGCACAUCAACAAACAUGAUAUCCUCAACAUGUGCUUCGUUCACUUCGUUACCGUCGCGAAGUAUUACAAGCUUGUUUCUGAUAAGGAAAUGGAGCCAAUGCAGCCUCUGAUAGACCUUUUCAUCAAACAGCAGCGUAUUCCUCCUGAGGCACUCAACGGUGGUCACUGGGGCCAGCAGAGCUCUAGCUAAGCUAGAGUAUAUCGCCCACUUUCUCUCCUUUUACUAUGAACAUGUUUCUGACCUGGCGUUGGAACUUGGUUUCGGUUGAUUUACAGCUACUUCUGUCCCUAUUUUCCAGUUAUGUUUCGUUUCCCAGCAUGCGGAUAGGCAGAUGAUGCGAUACGGUUGAGAAUUCGAGCAUUUAGCACGCAGAGCGACUAUUCUGUUCCUGUGAUUAUGCAUAUCCACCCUUCUUUUACCUUCAAGCAAUCUAUCCACAAAUCUUGUUAUUU